AUGGCCUUUUUUGCAACGGCUCGGCCGAGCAAGGCAUUCGCUGCCCCUCGCACCACCGACAGACAGUCCACCGGCCAGCCUUUGAGUGCGUGCCCCCCCGAGGCACGACCAGCCAUCCCCAACAGCAGCAGCAGCAUGGCCGACACGCAAGACGCGGCAGCGGCGGCGGCGGCCGACACGGCGACCACCAAGACGUUCGUCGUCGGCACGCGCAAGUCGCCCCUCGCCAUGGCCCAGGCCGAGAUCGUCGUGGCCAGCCUGCAGGCCCUCCUCCCGGACCACACGUUCCCCAUCCACGGCAUGACGACGACGGGCGACCGCGACCAGAACACGGCGCUCUACAACUUUGGCGGCAAGGGCCUGUGGACGUCGCAGCUCGAGGACAAGCUCGCCGCGCGGGAGCUCGACCUCGUGGUGCACUCCCUCAAGGACAUGCCCACCACGCUGCCCGAGGGGUGCGCCCUCGGCGCCGUCACCCGCCGCGAGGACGCCCGCGACGUGCUCGUCGUCAAGCGCGCGCACGUCGACGCCCACGGCUGGCGCUCCCUCGCCGACCUGCCCCCCGGCAGCGUCAUCGGCACCAGCAGCGUGCGCCGCAUCGCCCAGCUCGCCCGCCGCUACCCGUCGCUGCGCUUCAAGGACGUGCGCGGCAACCUGCAGACGCGCCUCGAGAAGCUCCGCACCGACGACGACAUGGCCGCCAUCGUGCUCGCCGCCGCGGGCCUGCAGCGCAUCGGCCUCGGCCACCACAUCUCGCAGUUCCUCGACACCGACUCGGGCGGCAUCAUGCACGCCGUCGGGCAGGGCGCACUGGGCGUCGAGUGCCGCGCCGGCGACGAUCGCGUCCUGAACAUGCUGCGCGCGCUCGAGGACCCCGAUACGGCCCUGGCCUGCGCCACGGAGCGCAGCCUCAUGCGCACCCUCGAGGGCGGGUGCAGCGUCCCCAUUGGCGUCGAGACGAGCUGGGUCGACGGCGGCGGCGCGUCCAAGAAGCUGCUGCGCCUGAGGGCCACGGUCGUGUCGGCCGACGGCAAGCAGGGCGUCGACGCCGAGGUGAUGGAGGCGGUGGGCUCCAUCGACGCCGCCGAGGAGCUGGGCAAGCGGGUGGCGCUCGAUCUGGUGAGCCGUGGUGCGGACAAGAUCCUGGAUGUCAUCAACGCCAAGCGGCCGCUCGAGAAGGCGGCGUGAUGAUGAUGGGCUGUGUGUGGACAGUUGAGGGACAAAGAAUGACGCUAUAUGACGGCCGAAUGCGCGCCAUGACCUGUACUCUAUAGACGACGAUCCAAAAAGCAUUGUCGACUUUUUGCCGGCCCUAGCAGGCGACACGUGCUACUAUUUCCCUGUUUCCCAGUCUAUCCUUGCCGUGGUCCGAUCCCCGAGGCCGGUGCCAUGGACUGCGCCAGAGGUUUGUGUGCCGAGUGCAGCCCUGCCGAGCACUUGUCUCGUUUCGCAGCAGAGC